AUGGCUGCUAGGAGGCGCGAUGGGGACAUGGAUGGUGACAGCAAUGCGGACGCUGACGCUGAUGCCGAUGCUGAUAACGAUGCUGAUCCCGAUGCUGAUGCUGAGGUUGGGAACGCCUUCGUUUGGUCAUGGGAAGCUGAAAGGGAUGCCUGGGGGGGGGAGGAAGCAGCGGCAGCAGCAGCAGCAGCAGCAGCAGCAGCAGCAGGGCUCCCUGAGCGACCAUCUUGCUUCACUUCCAGCCUUCCUUCUGAGAGAGACGACGACCGAGACGGGCGGGGAGGGCGGAAGGGUGAUCGGGUAGGGGUCAGGGAGGGCGAGUGCCCAGGUGAAAACGCAGGCGACACGCCAGGUGAUCCGCCAGGUGAUCUUCCAGGUGAAAAGCCAACAAGCUCGGCCCCUUCGCUGCCUCCUCGGCCCCGCAUAUGCCCGGAUGCCGCCAUAUCUGGAAACCGUCCUCCUGCAAUACGCCCUGCCCCAGAUCGCACCUGCCCUUCCAUCCCUUCCUGCACUUCGGACCCUACCUGCCCUUCCAUCCCUUCCUGCCCAUCCUUCCCUCCCCUGGUUCCUCCCCGGUUCAUUAAGAGCUGUGCUGCUGCCAUCAGCCGUGUCCCCCUCGUCCUCAUCUAUGCUACACAGGCUGCUCCUCACACUCCCACUGCCACUCCUGCUCCUCCUCCUCUCGCACACAAUCCCCUCUCCAUGCCCUCCUCUUUCCUUCUCCCUCUCUCCCUCCCUUCCCCGUACCUCCUCUCGCUCUCCCUCCGCCACACCCUCCCCCCUUCUCUCGCCUCCUGGAAUUCCCAAGCCCUGAAUCCCCCUUCCUCCACGCUCAUCUCUCUCCCUCUCACCUUCCCCACUCUCUCCUUCCACCCCCUCUCCCCACUUUUCCUCCCGCUCUCCCCCCCUCUCCCUCUCGCCGCCGUCAGCCCUCCCUGCGUCCUCCUCUCCCCGCGCUGCGUCCUCUCCACCCUGCGUUCGCUGCAGGGACCGCCUAAUCGCUAUUGCUUCCAUCAACGAGCUUGGCUCGCGGAUUUCAUCAUCUAG